GCGUCGUGUUAUGUUCGGAUCAAGUGACGCUUUCUGUUCAUUCGAGAGUGUAUCUCGCGUGCGAAAGGUAGUCUAUUCUCGUUAAAAGUAAACCUUGUGUAUAAUUCGAUUAUAUCGAGUAAAUUUCAGGUGUGCGCUAAUUAAGAAGGACACGAUAUACAAUAAUCGUGUACGAAACAUUCGUAUCGCGUAAUACAACAUAAUACUUACAUAUAUAUGUGUGCGUGCAACGCGUUUAUUUAUUAUGUGAAGUGCAAGUGCAGUCAUCGAAACUUUCUAUUGGCCGCUUUGUCAGCACCAAUCAAAUCGCAUCUUUCCGUCCGCGAAUAUCUCCGCUCUAUAUAAUUUUUAUGUUCGUGACGUCACACGAAACAUCGCGAGCCGGGUGCGCGACGCUUGUUUUAUUCUCCGAAAAGUGAGUACAAUUUUCGCAUUAAUUGAGAAAGACGUGACAAUAAUAAAUAAUAUGUACGACGAUAAUAACAAGUACGAAAGAUUCGCGGCAUAAUACAACGUAAUUGCGUAUGUAUAUGUGUGCUAUGUGAAAGAUUUAUUCGUGCCGGUUACGGGACGACGCGAAGUUGUUUACAUAUAAUCGUGACGCGGAAGGACACGUCACGUCGGUCGUGCCGGAUCAAAUGACGCCUUCUGUUCAGUCGAGUGUCUCGCGGUGUCCGAGAGGUAUCGGCAGCCGUGAAUUUCCAUAUCGAGAGUGAAUCCUAAUACGUAUGUAUAUUAAUGAGAUCGUAAUUAAUCGUCAUCUCAUGAGACAUGUCUCGUGCGUUCAACAAGUAGUUGCAUAAUGAAUUUCGCUGCCAUGUUUUUACGUCACGCGUCCCAUAAAUGAAAUUCGCCUCGUAUUCUCCACGGAUUCUAUACAUCGCACACGUAGGUGAAUACUGUGUCAUUAGUGUCUCUAAUCAACUGUGUUUCUAAGUUCGUGUCAGUGAGUGAAUUUUCCUUAUAUGGAGUCGAAUUGGAAGAGGAGCAGACUCGUCAGGGACCAUCGACGACCAUUGAGGCAGAAAGGGUUAUGGUGACACGCAGCAUCUGAGCGUCUUAUGGAGCUCGAGUUUCCUCUGCAUCCUCCAGAAACCUACCUCAUGGCCGAGCAGACGGAAAUAGCCGUCAGCGCACGAAACGAUCCAGUUCUGUCUUGCCACAUCCUUCCGCGUAUGCUGGACAGAACAGUUCAUUACUGCCGGUGGAUUCGCCCCGACGGAUAUGGAAUUUACAAUGACAUAAGCCAUCGAUAUACCACCAACAGCAGCUACUCUGAGUGCAGAUUAGUCAUCCUGAAUCCGUCGCUUUGCGACCAUAAGGUUCGCCCGGUUCGCCACCAAAAUUUCUCUCAGAGUGCCGUGUCCGCGUCUCAAAAGAAUCUCAAUAUUGAUCCUGAUUCCCCGGUUAUAUCUGGCAGCCUCAACGAAUCAAAGCCCAUCCUGUAAUUGGAAACGGCAGCGGCCCGUUCGACUGGAAGAUUCACGACUGAAUUGCCGUAGGAACACAAUUUACGGUAGCUCGCGCGCGAAGAGGGAGGAAAGAAAAGGGCGGCUAUCUCGCCGGGUGGUGGUGGCGGCGAGCCGGUAUAACUUUGAUAUUCCGUCCUUGAGCGAAGGAAGAUAUGCUAACGAUCUGUAAAGAGUACGGCACGGAAGCUGAACAGAGGUUCGAGCCUCGCCAAGAUAAAUUGCGAGCAAAAUUAAUCGCCGCGUUUUUGCGGUCCUGCAGUUGAUACACAACUCUUUGCCGAUGUAUUGAAUUGCAUAUACGCAUAUCUUUCAAAAGAAUUAAAUUGCAGUAAUAUGCUGGUCGCGAA